AUAAUAAUAAAAAACAUAAAAAAAAUAAUGACAUCCGUUAAUCAUAUAAUUUUUUCAUCAUAUAUUUUAAUACCUGGUAGGGUAUUUCGUCUGUCGACACUACCACACAUAUUUAUCAUUGAUGACUUGCAACCUUUCUAGUGCUUUAGAUAUUUGUCAGUCUAUCUCUACAACGAUUUCAAUUGACUUGUAGUUUGUUUCUCUGAUUUGUUUGAUAUCACGUUUAGGAACCGUGAGUGUAAUGAUGUGCAUUACAUAGAAGUUUAAGAUUUCACGCAAUUGAAAAUGUCAAACACGUAUCAGCAGCCUAAUACGUCUAUCUGUAUAGAAUAUCACUAAACAGUCAGUGAAUGUUUUCGUUGCUGCCUAUGUGAAUUUUCAUAUGUAAAGCGAUUUUUAUUUUCCAUAAAUCAGUGAAAAAAGAAAAAAAUUCUCUCAAAAAGUUAUUGUAAAUUGAUGGCAGUUAUUAUAAUUUGAUGGAAUAUAUUCUGGCUAAUAAAAAUAGAAUAAAUGAAUAACUUUGUCUGUAGAGGUAACAAAAAAAAAGAAGAAAAUAUUAUAAAAAUUAACACAAAAACGUGAGCAACGUAAUCGCUUAAAAAUAGUUUAAGAAAGCACUUAGGAUAUAGAAAAGAAGAACAACAAAAUAUUAUUCUACACAUUAUUAAACAAAAACGUUUAAUUUGGUGGUCAUGCAUGAUUUGAGCGUAACAAUUGUGGAAGAGCACACCAAACGUUUAAGUCGCAAUUUGGCUUUAACACAAACCCGUCGACGCACUAUAACCUUUGAAGAGCCGCCCGGAGAGCAAAAUAUUCAAAAUUCUUUGAUGGUGAAAUCUAAUAAACCAAAAACAAUUUGCUCCACAUUAACGACCGAGAAAGCUUUGAGACCCAUAAAAAAUCCUCAAAAUUCUACAGUUACCACAACGACCGUGGCAGUGCCUUAUAAAAAUUUUCAAAUUUGGACCGAUUACGAUAAGGAUCAAAAUCUUUUACUGCAUAUAAAAGAGCGUAAAGAAGCGGCCGAUCAAAAAGUUUAUAGAAAUAUUUGAUAUUCGAGUAAUGAAAGAGGAAAC